AUGAACACAAAUAAUGACGAAAUGAGUAAUGUAUCAAAUGAUAACAAUAUUGGUAGUAGUAGUAGUAGUAAUAUAAACAGCAUUAACAACAUUAGCAAUAAUUUUGGCCAUGUUGCAGGUGCUGAAAAUAUUAACAAUGCUAUCAUAAGCGCAAACCAUUUUAACAGUACAAAUAAUUUAGUCGAUUCUGAGAAUGAAAAUCAUCAUGAUCACAUAGGGCUGAAAAAUGUACAUAUCAACAAUAAAAAUAUGGAUAACUACAGAUCACUUUCUAAUGAAAACACAAUUGAUGAUAAUGGAAAUGACAUGAAUUUCCUCAACGAUGAUGAUAAUGAUAAUUGCAACGAGAGCAAUGAAAAUAAUCACGGUGGGAAUGUGGGAGCUACCAUCGAAGGCGCGAACGAUAUGGGAAAUAAUGACAAGGAUCAAGCCAACGGCAUACAUAAUAACGUAGCGCAUGAACAGAAUGGCGGUAACGAUAUUGCUAGCAAUGGCAUGAACAAUAUGGAGACGAUGCUCACCUCGCAAGAUGGCCAAUUGAAUAGUGAUAAGAAGGGUGCACCAAAUGGGAACUGUAAAAAUUCGUUUUUCAAAAAUGUAGACGAUAUGAGGAGCUUUGAAAGAGGAAUUCUCUACCUGACCGAUGAAGAAUUUAAGUAUAUAUCAAAUACAGUUAAUUUGUUAGGGUUUCGAUUUUUUGAAAUUCCAUCAGAAAAGCCUAAGACUGAUAAGAGAAAUACCUACAGCGCAAUAUCCAAGAGACAUUUAAAUGAAAUUAAGAAUUUACGUUGCUCCUUGUCAAACAAUAUAUACGAUGCUGGUAAGAGGAAAUCGAAGAAGUCCUUUGAUCGGUACUAUUCGAAAGAUGAAACGAGUAGCACUACCACAAAAGAUAAUAACGACACCCAAAGAGAAAUUACCCGAAAGAGGGGAGCGGCAUAUAACAAUUACGACGAUGAUAAUAAGAGUUCCCUGAACGAUGAUGAUAACAAGUAUGGUAAUAACAGUAAUAAUCAUGUUAGCAAUGGCACGGCUGCUGUAUGUUCUUCAUCCGCAUACAGAGGAGGGGCAUAUCCCAACAAAGUGGGUAGCAGCAGCGGUUCGGGAGUUAACACCAAAAUGAGUGAGAGCGAUAAAGUCGCACAAGGGAGGAAUAGCAAUAUGGUCAAAAAAGGAUCUAUUAUUAAAGGCGAAAUGGAUAACGGUAGUGUGAAUAAAAAUGCCUAUGGAGCAUUACCCAGCGUCGGAAAGGGGAAAUCGUCCAAAGCGAUUGGAAGUAGUAAUAGUAAAAAUAAUGCGGCUAUGCAUCCUAGUAACUAUAAGCAAGGAGCGACAGGUGCAGCAGCGGCCGUGGCAGGAGGAAAGGAAGCUCUAAAAAAGAGACGACGAAGUAGCAACAGUAGUAUACAGGAAGAUGACACAGUUGAUGAAUAUGAACAACAUAAAAGAACUUACAAGAAAAGAAUCUACAAGGGUGGUAACCCUUGGAAAAAUUGGUGCUUCAAAAUAUUACACAAAUUGAAGAAGAAAGAAAUAUGUUGCUGGUUCUUAAAACCCGUAAAUCCAGAAUUGGAUGGAAUACCAAAUUAUUUUAAUGUUAUUAAAAACCCCAUGGAUUUUGAGACGAUCGAAAAUAAACUACUAACGAACAAAUAUAAUAACCCAUUUGAAUGGCAACAAGAUGUACGACAAAUAUUUUUUAAUGCCUUUACAUAUCAUAAGGUGAAAAACUGCGUUUGGAAUGAUGCUUACAAACUAGCCAAAGAAUUUGAUAAGUUAGUCAAACAGCACACAGAAAUGAAAAAUAUUCUCAGCGAAUGUACAAAGGGUUCCAAUUCUGUGUAUCUAGAUAUGAACAAAUAUAAUAAAAUUUUGGAAGAGAAAUAUGAGUAUGAUGAAAAUAUGAAUCACACUUAUAGUAGUAGUAGCUAUAGUGGAAGUUCCAGUGAGGAAGUCAGUUCUGAUGAAUACCAAAGUAACAAAAGGUAUAAUAGAAAUAACAGUGCUAGUAAUGCCUACACAGCUAGGAAGAAAAAUAUGAUGAUGAUGAAUAGAGGAGGAGGGGUGGCAGCAGGGAAUCAUGCACCUUACCACAAUAUGGACCCGUCGAAUCACAUGUACGGAGUACCAAAUAGAAAGGGAUCUGGUGCGGCAGGUGACAAUCGGUUUAACAAAAUGAGUAAACAAAUGUCCAGCAUAUCAUCAAAGAGUGCAAGAGACAAAUUUGUAAAUAACAAAAAGGAUAGCUGCUACGGUGUAGGAAAUAAUAAAGGUGGUAGUGGUAAUAUCCACAUGAAUAGCCAUAGUAAUAGUUUAGAAUUUGAGCCGCCCAGCAUUGGAACCAUACCCGAACCACCAGGUAUUCAGAAAAUUGGAGCGAAUGAUAAAGGGUUAAAUAACUAUCAAGUGAAUGUACUUUUUAAGAAUUUAAGAAGAUUAGCACCAAAUCAAAGAAGGGCAGCAUUAGAAAUUAUACAGGACGAUUUAGGGAUACUUGCGGAGAAUCACAUGUUCGAUAGAUUUUUCACAUUUGACACGGAUUUGUUGUCCAUUGAAAAACAGAAAAGAAUAUUUCUUUACAUUAACCAUAUGGGUAGAAUAAAUUUGGAGCAGUAUAAAGCUUCUCUCAUUCCAUCAGAUCAAAUGGGCGCAUGUACUAUACCCAAGGGAAAAAUGCCAAUGAAAAAUAUGAACAGCAAGAAUUACCUCAAUAGCACAAACAGUCUAGGUAAUAACAAUAGCAGUAGUCAUAAUAUCCAUUUUGAUAAGAGGAGAACAAAUAGGUAUUUAUCCUCUUCUUCCAAUUCGUCCGAUUCGUCUUCAUCCAACUCCUCCGAUUCUUCGACCUAUUCUACGUCCAGUGAGGACAGCGAAUCAGAGGAUAGUGACUCGGACAUGGACUCUGAUUCGUAUGAGAGGAAAAAGGUAAAGAAGCAGUUAUCUUCCAAUGAACGGAAAAAAGAAGUAAUGACAAACAAAUAUUUUGACAAGAGAAAAUCCCUCCCACAAUACAAACCGAUUGACGAGAAUAAGAAAAAUUUACAAUUAAGAGAUGACGUUAUGGGAAUGCAACCUGAUUUUUUAGCCUCCAUGGAUGGACCAAAGAACGGCAAGAAGGAUCCCAAGAGUUCUGGCUCGGCUUGGCCCGAGUGGAAGGGACAGGUUAUUCAACAGGCCAUAUUAACUCAACACAAGUCAAGUGUCCCCCUAAAUAAGAAGGAGUUGAUAGCGGAAGGUUAUGACGCCAAAAUUUAG